AUGCCGACUCCGCCAACUGAGGAUGACCGCCAGAGGCGGAUCAUCCAGUUCGCGGAGGAAUGGGGCCUCGAGCCCCCGCCAUCCCCGACGCCACUGACGCGGCCUUCUAGCCCCCCCAGCUUCCGGAGUCCGGAAGACGACAACAAGGCUGAGGAACUCCUGAAGCGGAAGCAGGCCUCCAUCGGCCGUACUGAUUCCACCACCAACCUGAGACGCGCCUUCACUUCCAAGAAGAAGACAUGGGACUACAAGGUCGUCUUCGAGACCCUGGACCAGCACAUCGCCGACCGCGGCUCACCCGGCGUCGCUGAGGCUCUCAUCACUCUCCUCGUCUUAUCCGGUGGUGAUGUGAACAUGGCUCAGAAGGCCAGAACGAGUUUGUUACCGCGCCGCAAGAGUCUCGACAGCUUCGGUGAGCGUAGUAAGUUGCUGCAGCACGCCGUCCACAACGGCCAGCUCGAUAUGAUUCAGGUUUUGCUGCCUCAUGCCGACAACUUCGCCCUGGAUGCUUCAUUACCCUUGGCCAUGCGUGCCGAAAAUGUCGAAAUCGUCGAGCUGCUCCUGCGUUAUGGCGCCGGCAUUCUCCAGAGCAACGAAGCUCAAGAAGCUUUCCGGGAAGCAUGUGCUUCCGGCCGCCAGGCUGAUCUCAUCGCUACCGUCUUACGCUCUGAGGGACGGCCACCUUCUUCUUGGCUGUCUCAGUGUAUGGUCGAUGCUACUAAGGCAGGAUGCCUGACAACUGUCCUCCACCUGAGUCGAUCAGAUGCCGAUGCUGAUUUCAACCAAGCUGAGGCACUGAAAAUCGCCAUUGGACAGGGCCGCCAUGACAUCGCUCUUGCCCUCAUCAUGGGCAAUCACCCGCCGAAGCGCCCCGGACUGGAUGAGGCUUUCUCACAGCUACUAGAUCACCCUUCAAUGAACCCUAAUGACAAGGUAGCCGUCGCCGAGCUUUUGCUCUGCGCUGGCACUGAUGGUGAUGGACCAGCCAUGGCGCUCAUUCAUGCGGCAGCCUCCGAAUUCGAGGACAUGGUCAGUCUUUUGGUGAAGUACGGUGUCUCGAUUGAGUACCAGGACGCCAUGGCGGUACGAAAAGCUAUCCAGAACGGUCGGGUGGACGUGGCACACACUCUUCUGAACGGCUGUUCUGAACUCAGUGCAACGCAUGCAUCUGAGUGUGUUGAGUUGAUUCCAAGGAAUAUGGCUGUGGAGAGCCGCCGCUUGCUGCUCGAUCUUUUAUUACGAAGAGGAGCAAGCGGAACUGCGCUCCACGACAUGCUUAUCGAGGCAGCAGAAGCUGGUGACUUUGAAUCCGCCAAGUUGCUCCUCACCCCUGUGUUCCCCGGCGGCCGCUCUAUUGCCGAACAUGACGUGAAGAAAGGACCGCGAUCCAUGGUGUAUGACCGCCACCAAAUUGCAUCAGUCGACCAUAAGGGAGGACUAGCUCUGCAGAUUGCGGUCAUGAGAAGUGACGUUGCCAUGACCAAGGAGAUGCUAGGGAGCAACCCGUCUAGCGAGACGCUAGCCCAAAUUUUCCCUCUCACCAAGACCCUGUCCCGCCAAAACCGAUAUCGUAUGGUUGAGUGCUUCCUUACAAGCGGCCUUACCGGACCCAUAGUUCAUGAAGCAUUGCAGGAAGCCAUUGAUGAGGAACCACCCCACCGGGAUGAGGACCUCAUCGGUCUCUUCCUCAAGUACAACACCGACAUCAAUACAAAUGAGGGAUCAGCGUUGGUCGCUGCCGUGAUGCAAAAGGAUAUGAGACUACUGAACGCGUUGCUGAAGAAGAACGUCACGCCACAAACUGCUGCCAGCGUUCUGCCCAGAAUCAUUGCGACUCAAGAUGCCAAGGCAAGGUUGGAUAUGGCAACUCUGUUGCUAACAUCUGUACCAACUCUCGACCCAGCCAAGGUUUCACAGGCGAUGCUGAAUGCCUUAAACUACCGUCCCGCAGACUUGAAGCUUCUGCAAGUACUGCUGCUUCAGGGCCGGGCUGAUGUCAAUGUUGAUAAUGGUAUCGCCAUGGCUUCAGCUAUCCAUAGCCAUGACCCUCCGGUUUUGGACACCCUCUUGAAGCACGGCAAACCAUCUCCACAAACUGUUAGCCGAGCUAUCAACGAACUAUCACAGCUACCGUCCUCGGAAAUUAAGGCCGAGAAGCUGGAGAUCUUGUUGUCCAAGACCAAGGACAAGGCCCUUUUCAACGACGUUCUUGUCAAGGAGGUCCAUUCCCUUCUUCAAACGCUUCCUGAAAAACGAGAGCUGUCGAUUGUCAAGAUCCUUCUAGAAUCAGGCGCCGAUGUCAACUCCCAUAAUGCCGCUGCUCUUUGCCAUGCGGUUGCUGCUGGUGACACACAAAUCACCGACCUCCUCUUCGCUGCCCACCCAAGUCCGGCAUCAUUAGCAUCGGCCUUGCCGCACGCCCUCCGUAUCGCCGAUCCCAUGGACCGACUAGAUUUCUCCCAAAAGUUGCUCGACGCCGGCGCUCCCAGCGCAGAGGCAAACCGAGCCCUAGGCUUUGCUAUUAACACCUACACCAACGACAUUCCAUUGCUGAGAACGCUAUCGAUUAAUGCUAACACAAGCGAUGGAGAGGCUUUAGUUGCAGCUGUUAAGAAGGAACGCCCUGAUAUUGUUGAGCUAGUCUUGCAGCGAAAACACCCGGUUGCGAUCAUGAACGAUGCCUUUGCGGAGGCAGCCAUGUUGUCAGACAGAGACGCAAGAGCGGCUAUCUGCAUGUUGUUGUUGGAGCAUGGUGCCACAGGGACGGUGCUUUCCGAUGCUCUCCUUGCUGCUGCCGCGGAUGGUGAUUUGGUUUUGGGUAAUAUCCUCGUUUCCCAUGGCGCCCAGAUCGAUGAAGAGGCAAUUGUCGAGUCGUGUCGUUCGGGAGCUGCCGACGUGCUGGCUAUGCUGCUCAGUGGGAGCACCACACCCAAGAAGUCCACCAUUGAGAGGGGCUUCCAGGCUGCCACCGAAGUCGGCAAUCUCAAGACUCGUGCCGCCAUUCUGCAACCUCUCCUGUGUCACGGUAUAGAUGGAGACGCGCUUCACACACAGCUAGCAUCCGCCGUCCGGUUUGGCGCGGAGGGUGAAGACCUGGUCAAAAUUCUGCUAGAGGCCGGCGCGGACCCGAAUCACAAUAAAGGCGAGGCAGUUUGGGCGGCUACAAAGUGUGCCUAUCUCAGUAGUCUGAAAAUGAUGCUGGGAUUGGUUGACAUUGGCACAAAACUGCAACACAAACCGACGCCUGCAACUCUCAAUAGAGCUCUGAGGGCCGCCUGGAAACUAGGCCGUGAGCCUCGCGCCGCCGCAAUCGAGGCCCUUUUCCGGGCUGGUCUUCCCAUUUCGGAUGAUCUUCACGUUGUUCUGAACCAGGCUGUUAACGAAGAAGAGCCCGACUACAAGCUAAUCAAGUCGUUGCUUCGAUUUGGUGCCUCCCCGAUUGCAAAUGACUGCCAAACUCUCAUCGAUGCUACGAGGAGAGUGAUGGUGCGACCAUUGGCCCUGAUGCUUGAGUCUAAGAUCCUGGGAGAAGACCUCAACCUUGCCAUCAGAGAGGGCUUCACUAAGGAGAACUCGGCAGAGUGGUUCACCGAAGGCGGCUUCAGCAUUUUGCACAGCUUCUUACAAAAAGGCGCUCACGGCGACGGCCUGAGCUCCGUUCUUAUCCAAGUCGUUGACAUGCCCCUAUCUGAGUCUGACGACAGCCUGAGUCUCGCCAACGGCUUUGUUGACAUUCUGCUCGACCACAAAGUCGACGUUAACUACGACGGCGGAAAACUGCUGCAGUCGGCGGCCGCCGCUUCGAAUUCGUUCCUGGUUAAACGGUUACUGGAGAAAAAACCAAAUACAGAGUCAAUAUCGCGCGCGUUUUAUCGUAUUUUCGACAACCCUUCAUCCGAAGACGAAGCUUUGGAGCUAAUUCAAAUGUUUACUGAAUAUGCCGACGGAGAGACACGGCUGGACGUCAUGUACACGCCCCCAGACUCGAUGCCUCUCCUUUUCCUCGCCUUCUUGCAACAUCCUCGGUCGAUCCGGAUCACAAAGGCGCUGUUGGAUGCGGGCUACUACUACGACCAGAUGAUGCCGUAUAAGGUCAUGGAAGACCUCGAGGAGGAGCCCAUUACGCUGAUGAUGUGGGCCCUUCUCCAACCACAAAAGAAGAUUAGCAGUGGCAUCAUUCAGAUGCUGAUCGAAACGGGCGCCAAGGUGAACUUUGAGAGCCGUGUAUCUCAGACCACGCCGCUUAUGUUGGCGAUCCGAACUCGGCGCCCUGACAUUGUCAAGAUGCUGCUGUUGGAGGAUGCAGAAGUAGACGUGUGCGACAUCAAAGGCAACACGCCUCUGACCCUGUCGACUGAGGCUGGAGGCGAGCUUGCCAUCAAGAUGAUGUCAAACCUGCUUGCCGCCGGCGCUUCAAAGAAUGACGGAUCGCUUCACAAUGCUGCGCGUGAGCUCAACCUCGCAGCUUGCCAGGUACUGGUCCAGUACGGCCACGAGCCCGACUUCCCAAGUACUCUCCACGGAGGCAGAAGCGCGCUAGGAGAGCUUGCCAGGCAUGCUGCCGACAGCGGCGAGCUUACUGCCGCGCGCCAGAAGCUGAUGGAACGAAUCAUCAACUUCCUCAUCGAGGCCGGCUCCGACAUCACGCUACGGACAGAAGGAAAAUCUAUUCUGCUUCUCGCAUUAGACUCCAAGGAGCCGCUAAUCACCAGCCGUACCCUUCUCAAGGCGGGCAUGUGGAAGUACAUCAACAAAAAGUUCAAUCACUUCACGGACGGAAAGAUGACAUACUCUCCCACGAUGUACGUCACGCAUGUCCUACCCAAGACCGACCAGCAGGAGGCGCUCGUCAAGCUCCUCCGCGCAAACCGUGCAGAGGAUGUUUACUAUUCAAACAUGGGCCCCCAGCCGGAUGGCGCCGUCGGUAUGCCCGAGGAUAUCGAGGCGCAAGAACGGACGCGCAGGGCCCGCCUCGACCGCAUCAACCUCGACCAAGAAGACCACGUCCUCUCGAUCGCGCGAAACCGCGAGCUCGCCACGGUCCAGGCCCAGAUCUGGUCGGCGCAGGCCGAGCUCGAGGACUCCCGCCGCAAGCGCAUCCAACAAGACGACCUCGUGGCACUCAGCGAACGCGCUCGCGCCGAGGAGGACCACUUCGCCGCGACCAUGCGCCGCAAGCGCAGCGAACGCCACGCAGACCUCGAACACCAGGCCGCUCUCACCGAGGCCACCAUCUCGCGCGCCCGGGCGGUCGAGAUCGCGGAGCAGGACCUGGCGAUCACGCGGCAGUCGAUGCUGCUCGAGUGGGAGAAGCAGAUUGCGACGGAGAAGGUGGACCACGCCAAGGCGCUCAGCGCCAUUCGGGUCGCGGAGCGGGAGGACGUGGACCGCAUGGACCGCGAGGCCGAGGAGAGGCUCAGGGCCCGGCUGGCGGAGCAGAGGAGGCUCGUCGACGGGCAGAACCACCUGGCCAACCAGCUGACGAACGCCGGCGUUAAUGGGCGGAGGCAGAUUGGGUAUAUUACCGGGGAGAUUAAUUAA